AAAGAAGACCUGCAUAUGUGCACCAGACCUUUAAUAGAGUCUCCGAAGGCGCAGGACAGCAGAGCAAACCACCUCAAAUCUCCCAGCCGGCGAACACAGGCAGCACCCUGCCGCGCCAAGAGCGGUGGAAAUGUAUCCUUGUUCACUGUGGCCUCCCACGGGCGUCAGCGAAAUUCUCUCCCUGUCCCUCUGCCCGGGAAAGAAAACGCCAAGAACAGGAAAGAGCAAUGGUCGGAUAAUACCGCUCAAAUUGAAAUUAUUCCAUGCAAGAUCUGUGGAGACAAAUCAUCAGGAAUCCAUUAUGGUGUCAUUACAUGUGAAGGCUGCAAGGGCUUUUUCAGGAGAAGUCAGCAAAGCAAUGCCACCUACUCCUGUCCUCGUCAGAAGAACUGUCUGAUUGAUCGGACCAGUCGGAACCGCUGCCAGCACUGUCGGCUGCAGAAGUGUCUCGCCGUGGGCAUGUCCCGAGAUGCCGUGAAGUUCGGGCGGAUGUCGAAGAAGCAGAGGGACAGCUUGUACGCAGAGGUGCAGAAGCACCGGCUGCAGCAGCAGCAGCGAGACCACCAGCAGCAGCCCGGGGAGGCCGAGCCGCUGACGCCCACCUACAGCAUCUCGGCCAACGGGCUCACAGAGCUGCACGAGGACCUCAGCACCUACAUGGACGGCCACACCCCCGAGGGCAGCAAGGCCGACGCGGCGGUCAGCAGCUUCUACCUGGACAUCCAGCCCUCCCCGGACCAGUCGGGGCUGGACAUCAAUGGGAUCAAACCCGAGCCCAUCUGUGACUACACACCAGCAUCCGGCUUCUUUCCCUACUGCUCCUUCACCAACGGAGAGACCUCCCCGACCGUGUCCAUGGCAGAGCUAGAGCACCUUGCCCAGAACAUAUCCAAGUCACACCUGGAGACCUGCCAGUACUUGAGGGAAGAGCUCCAGCAGAUCACGUGGCAGACCUUCCUGCAGGAAGAGAUCGAGAACUAUCAGAACAAGCAGCGGGAGGUGAUGUGGCAGCUCUGCGCCAUCAAAAUCACAGAAGCUAUCCAGUACGUGGUGGAGUUUGCCAAACGCAUCGACGGAUUCAUGGAGCUGUGUCAAAACGAUCAGAUCGUGCUUCUCAAAGCAGGUUCGCUGGAGGUGGUGUUCAUCAGAAUGUGCCGUGCCUUUGACUCCCAGAACAACACCGUAUACUUUGACGGGAAGUAUGCCAGCCCCGAGGUCUUCAAGUCCUUAGGUUGUGAAGACUUUAUUAGCUUUGUGUUUGAAUUUGGAAAGAGCUUAUGUUCUAUGCACCUGACUGAAGAUGAAAUUGCAUUAUUUUCUGCAUUUGUACUGAUGUCAGCAGAUCGCUCGUGGCUGCAGGAAAAGGUAAAAAUUGAGAAACUGCAACAGAAAAUCCAGCUCGCUCUUCAACACGUCCUACAGAAGAACCACCGAGAAGACGGAAUACUAACGAAGUUAAUAUGCAAGGUGUCUACGUUAAGAGCCUUAUGUGGACGACACACAGAAAAGCUAAUGGCAUUUAAAGCAAUAUACCCAGACAUUGUGCGACUUCACUUUCCUCCGUUGUACAAGGAGUUGUUCACUUCAGAGUUUGAGCCAGCGAUGCAGAUUGAUGGGUAAAGGUAUCACCCGAGCACUUCUAGAAUGUCUGAAGUACAAACAUGAGAAAAAGGAAACAAAACAAAAAAUUAACCAAGACACUUUCUGUGGCCCUGCACAGCCCUGGAGCGCCAACACACUGCACAUCUUUUGGUGAUCGGGGUCAGGCAAAGGAGGGGAAACAAAGAAAACAAAUAAAAGUUGAACUUGUUUUUCUCACGCAUAUGAUUUCCAUUAUGCCUACAGAUAUGGACCCUUUCUCUGUCUCAACUUCCUGAGUGCUGACCUGUUUACAAGAAGGAGGGUACUAAAGGUGGAGGAUUUCCUGUUCUUGUAGCUCACUGCCCACAGACUUUCCACAGGGUCACCAGGCUGUCACUCCCAACAGAGAGCCCCCGGCAGUGAUCGGUGACGGGUGUGCGUGGUGGAGCUUGCAGCAUUACUUUGCUCAACUUGCUCUUUGUCUCAUGAAGGAAGUUUUUAUUUUCUCACAGGUUACUGCCAGUCAGCGGGAUGGCACGAAAAGGGUCCAUAGCACUAGCAACAAUAGCAUUAUAAUAUAUUACAGGGUAAAUGGGCAUGAAGACUAUAUAUAGCUAAAAGAGAUAUUGUUUAUAUAUUGUUUUAAUUAAUAUAAAAUGUAGUUACUGGUGUAGCUUUUCCUGUUGAAUUGAUAAGGCACUUUCAUUUUGCACCUUUUUCUUUAAAUUAAAUGCUAGCGUGUUCACUGCUGUGUCGCAUGCGCACCAGAAACACAAGUUUGACUGAGAAGGCUCGGAAGGUACGUCGGGAGGUGUUUAUGCUGCUGUUUACAAAAUCACUCGUGAAAGACUGGCUGGUCAUAUCUAGAAAUCAACAUGCUGGAUUUUUCUUUUCCACCCGUGAAUUUGACAUUCGGAACAGAACUCUCCCUAAAUUGUAUCUUGCUUUUUGACAAGUUUAAGGAUAGAUGUGUUUACGCUUCAUACAAAGCUGAAGGAUUGGUACGGUGGACUUAAACCCUCAUGCACGUUUUUUUUUAAAUUUCAAAAGAAGCUUUCUGAAAGGCCACCUUUGUGGGGGGCAGGGAAGGAGAGAGACUGACUUUUCCACAAUUCAGUAGUCAUGUGGAUUCUGCCUGCACUUGGAAAUAAAUCAGUAACCAGAGUAUUUAUUGGAAUCUAGCUUUUAUUGUAAGUAGGACCCAAAGAUUCUAUCUGGAGCAAGCACACACUCCCCUGGUGAGAACAUGACACAUUCUCUGAAUGUGUAUGCUCUUGGUAUAACCUAGGAAUCCUUAGCAUUUAUCUCAGAGGGAUCCGACUCUGGACUAGUCCCCACGCGCCACUAUUCUAGAACAUUGCUCUCCGCAUUUGGUAGAUGGUGGAUAGGACGGUGAGGGGGUUAUACAGUAACGAACCGGUUUCUCUUAUUUAAUAUUAAAUAUUUUAAGCCUUUAAACUAAAGUCGAUGCUAGCUGCAAACAUUUACUCCUGUGUUUAUCUUCACUAGAAAACUGUGGAUUGUAAUUUAUUUUAUUAAAUGUUUAGAAGAUUGUUUGGCUUUUGUGUUCAGGUGAGAGCUAUUGAGGUAUUUUUGUUUAAUUUCCUGUUCUUGAACCCUCCCCCAGUGGGGAACGGCAGAGGACCAGUCUGAUGUCCAGGGGUGUAUAUUUUGAAAACAAGUGACCUUUGGGAAAGUAGGCAUUUAGAAGAUGUUGUUCUUGCCCAGAGUGGGAUUUAAACUGGUGGUCUGACAUCAAAGACCACGUUUGUAAAGAAGAGAGAGCAGGGGCUGGGGAUUUAGCUCAGCGGCAAAAGCGCCUGCCUGGCAAGUGCAAGGUCGUGAGUUCGGUUCCUGGUACCGGAGAAAAACCAAAAAAAAAAAAAAGAAGAGAGAGCAGGUACCACGGUGUGAAGGUGGGCAUUUCUGAGAAGCCCGUACAUUCAGAGGCCUCCCCAGUCGAUAGGGCUCCUGCACAACCUUCUGCAGGAACUGUGCCCCCCAGUCUCAGGCUGGAGCCUGGGACCGGUUUCUCAGAGCACUUUAUCCGCUUGGCACCCCACUGGUUCCCUGACUUGUUUCCUGAGGCACUUGGGAGAAGCAGAAGGAAUUAUUUACACAGAAAUGUGUAUGAAGCCUAAAUGACAUCCACAUUUUUUUUUAAAGAUAUUGUAAGGGUUUAACCAUAAAUAGAAGAUGAGAGUAAUAUUUACUUAAAUUUCUUACAGGCAUAUAAAAUUUUAUGUGAGUGUUUAUAUAGAGAGGUUAACUGUCAGCAUAUAGUAUUUAUAUUUGGGCAAGAAGGGUUAAAUCAAGCUUUUAUUUAAAUAAGCAUAGUUCCUUUAAAGAUUAAUAGUAUUUAUACUCUGAAAAGAGUACCAAGCUUCGUACAGUUAUUUAUUUGUCCAUUAUUUUUUCUGUUGUUUCUUCUUGGAGGGGAAAUGGUGUGAGGUCUCUUAGGGGGCGGGGGGGGCAUUUUGGUUUUUGUCACUCAGACUCACUAAAUUUGGGGAUGGUUUUAUUAAAGUAUAAUAACUUCUUUUUAACCAAAGCUUUCUGAAUAUGACCAGCCUCAGGUGCUAGCGCAUUAAAGAGCAACUAAACCUAAUUCCAGUGUCCAUUUGUGAAUAAGAAGAGCUAACCGAACUUCUCUUAAGGGUGAGAGAGAAAGUAAUGUUGAACUUAAAAAGGAAUUCCCUUUCCCAGAAAGGAUUUUGCAUGUGUGUAAUGCAAAACAAAACAAAAAUGAUCUUCUAAUCUCAUUAAUAGUUGUGACAUUGCUUUUAUACUAAACCAAGACAGAGUAACACGAUGCUGCUUCUAGGUGUUUCUGAAAGAAAAGCAGGUGAGCUUUCAGAGUAAGGUCCCCUGACAGUGUAGGAACAGGGCAGUAGAGACAGAGGUGUGGUUGGAGGAGCCGAGGGAACAACUCCUAUGCAGAUCUAAGUUGGGAUCUGAAGCUGAACAGUAAAUGCAGUUGAGAGAAAUACUGAGUCUCGAAAAGGAUGUGAAAACCUUUGUAUUUUUAUUUUCUUCCUUUUCAUAAAAAAAAAAAAAAAAAAAAAACAACCUGUGAGAUGACACAUAAAAACUAGGCGAUACCAGAACAACAAUCUGGAUAGCUCAUAUAAUCAAAAUCUCCUGAACUUAAAUGUCUAACAGUCUUUUAAGGAUUGGAACCACAUCACUGCUCACUUGGCUCCUCUAAGGUUUUUAUGUAAUUUGUAAAAUAAGGUAAAUAAGGCUUUUACAAAGCAUUGUGCCCUUGUUACACAACGGCGCCCCAUGUUGUGAAAAAACCGGCCAUGGUCACAGUGAAAUCAAAAGUGCAGAUGAAAGUGCUUUUUGGACAGUUCGCAAACUGUGUUAAAGUUACGGAUUUUUUUUAAAGUGUUCAGCAUCCUAAUUUGUGUUAAAGCUAUGAGUUUUUUAAAAGUCUUCAGCAUCCUGAUUCACCCUUCCUAAUGUAAGGAAAACGUGACCUAAGACACUGCUUCUAAGUUUGGUUGUUCUUUAUCGUGUGGAUACCCAGAUCUCUGUGAGCAUAUGGGAGUGGGCGGAGAGGGUCAGGCGAGGAAGGCGUGCGUGUGUGCGCGCGUGUGUGCGUGCCUGUGUAUGUGUGUGUAAGAUUUGCGUGUGUGUGAUGUGCAUGUGUCAGACCGCUUCUAGGCUACUAAGUGUCAAUGGAAAAGAAAAUGUAUUCAAAAUACUUAAAUCAAAACUAGAAGAUGGAAAAAAAAAACAUUUAUUCUAUACAAAGCCUUGUCUGGACCACUUUAGAGAGACUUCUAUUUUUUUAACCCUUCUAUAAAUAUUUGAUGGCACUUGAAAUAUUCCUGCAAUAAAAUGUGAUUUGUGUAAAGAAAAAAAAAAGAUUUUGUAAUGUGAAACAAAGAAAGAAAGUAAUGUAAUUUUCUAAAAAAAAAAAUACAAACAAACAAACUUUGUAUUAUUUUCUUGAUGGAAUUUGUCUAUCUGUCUUUGGAGAACUUUUUAUUUCGUUGAAUGUGCCAUAGUAGGGAUUCGUGUUUUUCGUUUUAGACGAAGGAAUGGCUGUUUGUGUUCCGACAUUCCAAAAUGCAAAGCGACGUAGCAAGUCCUCAAUGCAAAGGUCUGAGCGGUGUGUCAGCUUGUCACUGUUGCUCUUUUGCACACGUCCUUCAUUCCUCUCCAGUGCAAUAUGUACAUAGAGCACUUGCGGGUGUACCUUGAACCCUCAGGGAAAAAUACAUAUUUGUACAGUGUUUGCGUUUUUUUUUUUGUUUUGGUUUGGUUUGGUUUUUUCCUUUUAUUUUUGGCUAAGGAAUGUCGAUCGAAUCACUUGUUAUUGUCAAGGGGCAGCCAGAUAAUAAUCCUAAAGCCACUGUUGCAAACAUUGAUUGUUUAAAACAUGUGUCCUUCCAGUGCUAUUAUUUUAAGAUAAUAAUAAUAAAAGUUAUUUUCUGACAGUCCUCUGUGCUGAUUGGUGAAAAAAAAGGGUAAAUAAGCACCUUAUGAUUGACUUACUGUGAAUGACAAUCCAUCUUGAUAUCAAGGAUAGAAGCCCGAUCUUUUUGGAGUUGGGGUUAAGAGUCAGAAAAAAUGUGCUCAGGGAUCUUCUAAAACUCUUCAAACAGGGUGGCCAGUACUACUGGGACAAAUUGUGUUGUGUAUUAUUAUUAACAAUGAUAAUAUUAUCCCUCCAAGGCACAAAUGAACUGUGUAGAACUGCGUGCGCACAUGCGUGUAUGCGUGUGUAUGUGUGUGUGUUAUCUCCUCACUAUUGUCUCAUUUUGUUGAGUUCAAAAGUGACGUGCUCUUCGGUUUUGUGUAUGUGAGAACACGGAGUAACUGGCAAAGGAGUGCGAAGUUACUCAAAAUAUAAAUGCACCAGCGCAGAGCAUCCAAGUUGUAGCCCUUACAUAUCCUACUUACCAUUUCCCUAGUAAUUAAAAUAUUUUAAAAGAAAUGUUUUAAACUAUUUCAAACUCUGUAUAUUACAGAUAAAAAAAAAUGUGAAAACCAGUGAUAAGACCUGCCUAUCACUACAGUGAAAUGGAUAAAGAUACACCACAUUUUUGUUUUAAAUACCAGCAGCUCACUAUGUUUUUCACCAUGUUCUGCUCCAGAAGUGAAGCAAAAAUCCCUUUAUCUAAAACAGUUCUUUCUGACACAUUCGCAGUUUAUAGAUUCCUGAUGAACUGAUGCAGGAGCUACUGUUUAAAGACAAAUCAAACUCCAUUUGUAUGAUAGCUGCUUGAUCCAGCUCUUAGGGUUAUACUGUAUAUCACAAUUUCUAAAUAACCUUUGUUUACAUAGUCUCAUGUGUUACUUUACAUAAAGUCAGAGGAACUCAAUCUGAUUGUGGGUUCUGAUUCUCCCACCCCUGGGAUAGGCUACAUCCACUAUAUUUACCUAUUUUCUUAUUACUGUUGUGAAGCAUAAUUUGGGAAGACUUUCCAUGCCUAUCACCUGACAAAUACUUUCACCUGUUUUGUUAACAAAGCAUAUGAAAAAUGUCAGGAAUCUCCCUCCCCUUCUCUCAUUGCUUCCCUCCGUUUAUAGUCUCUCUCUCUCUCUCUCUCUCUCUCCCUCUCUCUCUCUCACACACACACACACAGACACACAGAGGUGGUUGACAUUUUUACAUAGUGUAGCAUGUGAGUGCCACUUCUAAUAAAGUUAUGAUACAGAACCCCCUGAAAGCAACUUACUACAGCUCAAGUUAUGUGCCCCCAAAAUGCAAUUACAACAGUAAACCUUGAUGUGUUGCUCAUGGUAUAUAAUACAGGUCUUCAUUUUGUCCCUAAACACCAGUAUAUGAAAAGGUUCCACCAGAGGUGGUUAAAGAGGCCUUCCCAUUGCUGUUCAUUUUUAAGAGAUGAGAAGGUUGACUAGCAAUGUCUCCAGAAGUAACUGGUCUCACUUCCGGGUCUGUUUCCUUGUCUGUGUCUGUGUGAUCGGUUCUGUCAGGCUCUCAAAAUAAUUCUGAAAGUAGUCCAGAAGCCUGGCGUCACACCAUGGAGCCAGGUUAGAGCCAGGGCAUCUCCAUGUUCACCCACACCCUCAGAACCUAGAGCAAUAAAUACAUUCGGUCAUUUAUUUCCCCCUCGAUGAAUGACAGAAUAUUCAACCCAAAUAGAUCCCACCUUUCUUCUGUGAUGCAACACAGCAUGGAGUCUCGUGAGGAGAAAGUGGAUCUGAAUGUUUUAAAAUAGAUGCGUAGAGAACCGUGUCUGCUGUUUACAUUUUGUGUGCUUUGCCACGUGAGCAGUACCACACUUCUGUCUUUGACCCCCUCUGGGAGCUAACAAAUGAGAGUUUGCCAUUAGCUCUCAAGGCCUUCACAUGCCAUCCCGCUCUUCUCUAAGAACGACAGAACUCUCUCCCAUGUUCGUGCUCGAUUCCUUCUCGCUCACCGUUGCUCUAAUGUGGACGAGUACUCUUUCUAGGAACUUGAUUAUCACCGAACAGAUAGCAUAUGUAAAUGCAGAUCACUCUUGAGCAAUAUAGUGAAUAUGACUUCACACAAAAUCCGUAUGUACUGUACACAUUAUCCCGAACCCAAAAUUCUCUUCUUACCCACCAUGGUUUGAAAUCUCAUCUACAACAGUGGUAAACGCUUAACCGUUAGGACAUUAGCUGGCUGCUUCUGUAAGUGUUCUGUGUUGUCUGUUGCUCCUUUUGUGGAGAUGUGUUUUGUAUUGGAUGUUUCGGCCAAUGGGAGGCUUCAAGCUACAACAUAUUUUCCCAGUUUAAAUAUAUUUAACAUACGACAAACCCCAGACAAGGCUUUUAAUAUGUAUAAAGAACUGCAGUGUUAGGUGGUUUAUUUGCAAACCGUUUUCAAUAUUGUCCAUUUUUAUGGCACCUUUAACAAUAUUCUUGUUUCCAAAGUACAAAAAAAAAAAAAAAAAUAGGUUAAAUAAUCUAGCCAUAACUGAAUGUCAAGCAAUAAAACAAAUGACUUUUGUGCAUAGACUUAAAAAAAAUACAAAUUUUAGACAUCUGCAUGUAGAUGCAAUCUCUUGUUUACUGCUUUCUUCAACUUGAGCAACUGAUUCCUUAUUUACUGUUAACUUAAGAACUUGUAAUGGCCUGUGAACAUUUUCUCUCUUACUCUUCUUUCAAAUUUCCCUUCGUCCCUGCUGUUGAGUCAUACUAUUUAACGUUGUUCUGCACAUCUCUAUACAGUUAACUUUUUGGCUUUCAUUCUGUAUAGAUAAGAAAAUGUUAUAUUAUAAACAGCCUACUCAGUGCAAAUAUUUAUCUGUUGAUCAAAUCCACAAUAUGCUGUAUAAUACCGGUUUUACUAUAUAAUCUAUUUUAGACAUAGCUGUUUAGAACUAGAGUGUGCUAUUUUUGUGUUUUUCUGAUGUGUGGUGCUAGAUAAGUUACUUUUGUGAAAAUGAUCCCUUUUAUUCCUAAACAAUACCACCUUUGGGUCUUGUUAAUUUCACUGAGUAUAACUAUAUAUUUGUAUAUAUACAUAUAUAUAUAUAUAUAUAUAUCUCUAUCUGUGCCCAACUAGCAGCUGUAUCAGAGUGCUGGAUUUGGGACUAGCUUUUCUCUUUAAAUACAUAGUCAUUAUAUAAAUUAUUCUAGAGUGUAUUUAAUUAGGAUAAAAUUACUUCCUUAGUAUGGAUAUUUGACAUCUGUAGGGUGUUUAUAAAUAUGGACAUAUGAAAAUUUAUGUUGGCUACUAUUUGGCUUUGCACAACAUCUCCUGAUCUAAAAAAUAAUUGGCCAGACCUUCAAGAUCCCAAAGAAAUGUUCUUGUUUAAUGGAGUAAUAGAUUUUUCUCUCACUAAGGAAUUAUAUCAUUGGUACCUGACAGAUCUGUAUACUUAACUCCUAUCCCAGAUAAUAAGCAAUUAUAUAAAAUUUUCAUGGUGGUUUGAUAGCAAACUAGACCUCCCCCCUCAGGAGUCAGGAGAAAUACGGAGACAUCCAUUGGUAGAAGAUGGGCCAUACCGCAAAUUCAACAAUGAAAGGGCCAGGGAUGUAACUCAGUGGCACAAGCGCCUGCCUGGCAAGCACGAGGUCCUGAGUUCGAUUCCUGGUUCAAAAAAAUUCAACACGGGAUAGUCUAUUUUAACAUUACCUCAGCCAGUUCUAUGAACUGAGUGAAACAGCUUCAUUUUUAAAGUCAUUCAAUAACGAGUUUAAUUAAACUUUCAUUUAUUCUCCCAAAUUCUAUUGGCAUUGUUAAACAUCAGAGUAUAUCAAAUAUCUAACUAAGGAUGUAGUUAGCCUUAUUAAAUAUUGAUUAGAAUUGUUCUGUAAUAUUACUGAAUUUGUAAGAUCUUUAGCAAAGAUUUUUGAGCAAUUUAUAAAUAUAGAGCAAAUGUUUCUGUUUACUGCACCUUUUGUAACUGAAAGCGGUAAAUUCUGAAGCCAUGAUUAGUGGCUCCCGUGCACUGCAUAUUUAUCCCCCAUUCUAGACAAUUUCCAUUUUUAUGGAAGAGUUCCAGUGACCUUAAUUAUAAAUGCAAUUGUGUGGUUGAAAGGUAAUGCUAAUAGUUAACCCUUUAGAGGGAAUUGGCUACGGUGUAGGGAGAAAUUGCUGGACACAAAUCAUGUCAUUCCUUAUCCGUCUGGCUUGGAAAGAGAUUGAAACUUCUUAAAGCACCAUUCGGCAUCCUUAGCUCCCCUAGGGUAGAGAGUGCCUUGUGCUUCCCUAACCACCGGCCCAUGUCCGCAACUGAUAAUUAUUCAAUUACAAGUGACCCCAAUGAAAACAUUUCUUCCUGGGUUGUUUUGGCAAAUUUAUAAAGUAUGUCAAGCCUUAUGGUUAACAUUUUCUUCUACGACCAAGAAUAAAAACUACGUUUUGAAAGACCACAGGAAAUGCUCAUUCUGAUUGUGUGUAGGUCUUGAGCAUUGAGCACACAAAUUUCACAAAACUCUGUGAGUGACAGACUCGGCCUUCUGUAAAUAUACAUGCAAGUUUGGAAACAGUAAUACUGUACCUAUAAAUAUAUGCUGUCUGUUUUGUGUACAGUAUGUAAAAAUUCCUUUUCUGCCACACUAAAAACGCAAGCCAUUUACAAGACUCCUAAAACAUAGUAUAUUGAACUAAAACUUUGCUAAUGAUCUUUAUUAGAGGAUCGUCCAACUUCUCACUUACAUUGGGUUUUCUUUUCAAUUCACUCUUUAUAGUAGUCUGCUUAUUUCCAGCUGUUUAUUUUAUUGAGUCCUGAAUUUAAAAAAAAAAAUAUUUUGAUUCAUUUUGUAAAUACAAGCUGUAAAAAAGAGAGAUUUAAUGUUGUCUUUUAAAUACUCCAAUUUUCAUUCUAAUAUGAAUGUUGUUAUAUUGUACUUAGAAACUGUACCUUUAAUAUUACAUUACCUUUAUUAAAAGUGCAUCGAACACAUCAAUUUUAGAUGUGCUUUAUGUACUGUUAUCCUAUAAUAAAACUUCAGCUUCUAAUGGAA